GUUUAGGGAGCGACUCGAACAGCUGACUUGAAAUAGAAGGAAGUCCAGAAUAUAGAAUGUGAUUGUAUAAACAAAUAUUUUGCUCUGUGAUUUCUUACAUAUUCAGCUGAUGUUAAAAGAUGGACGUCCAGAGACAUUCUGUACAUACAUUAGUGUUCCGUUCUUUAAAAAGGACUCAUGACAUGUUUCUAUUAAAUCAAGGAACUUUACCACCAGUGGAUCCUGUUUUACAGCAAAUAAAGAAGGGUAUAAAAGCGAAAGACAGCUAUGGCCCAGUGUUGGAACGUGUUAAGCAGAAUAACAUAGUCAAAGUACAGCAAGAAAACAACAUAGCAGAUCCUCCACCACCAGGAGAUGAAACUUUUGAAGCUAAUAUAACCUCAGCAGUUGUUCCUUACAAUAUAACACAAGGAAGCACAGCAGUAGUUGCGACAACCACAGGUGGAGUAGGUAAUACAGGUAGUAGUGCGCUGACAGUGCCCCAGAAGAAAACACCUUCAAUGGCCAAACCCAAAUGGCAUGCACCUUGGAAAUUGUAUAGAGUUAUUAGCGGUCAUCUAGGAUGGGUAAGAUGCUGCGCAGUCGAACCUGGAAACGAAUGGUUCGCCACCGGUUCAGCUGACAGAGUAAUCAAAAUAUGGGACCUUGCAAGUGGAAAACUAAAGGUUUCCUUAACUGGCCACAUAAGCAGCGUCCGCGGCCUUGCCUUCUCCCAGAGGCAUCCUUACCUGUUCUCCUGCGGCGAGGACCGUCAGGUAAAAUGCUGGGAUCUCGAAUACAACAAGGUGAUCAGACACUACCAUGGGCACCUCUCGGCCGUGUACUCCAUGGCGUUGCACCCCACAGUAGACAUCCUCGUGACGGCUGGACGCGAUUCUACAGGCAGAGUGUGGGACAUGCGGACGAAGGCGAACGUCCACACCUUGGUCGGGCACACCAACACGGUGGCGAGCGUGAUCUGCCAGUCCGCCGAGCCGCAGAUCAUCACCGGCAGCCACGACUGCACGAUACGUCUCUGGGACCUGGCGGCCGGCAAGUCCAGGGCGACCCUGACGAAUCAUAAGAAGAGCGUGCGCGCUUUGACGUUCCAUCCCUCCCUGUACAUGUUCGCCUCGGCGUCGCCGGACAACAUCAAGCAGUGGAAGUGUCCGGAGGGCAAGUUCAUCCAGAACUUGUCCGGUCACAACGCCAUAGUCAAUUGCCUGGCUGUGAAUGCCGAUGGGGUUUUGGUCUCCGGCGCUGACAACGGGACCAUGCACCUCUGGGACUGGAGAACCGGCUACAAUUUCCAACGACUCCAGGCACCAGUUCAACCCGGCUCGAUGGACAGCGAGGCUGGGAUUUUCAGCAUCACGUUUGACAUGUCGGGCACUCGUAUGAUUACGACGGAGGCUGAUAAGACUAUCAAAGUGUAUAAGGAAGACGAUACUGCGACUGAAAAGACACAUCCGAUCGACUGGCGACCUGACAUAAUCAAACGAAGGAAAUACUGAGGACCUUAAUUUAUGAGCAUUAAUUUAAGAAAGCUUAUUUUAUAUAAAAUUGUAUCCAUUUUGAGAAUUAACAAAUUAUAAAAAGAUAUAUUCAGUGGAAUAAUGCUGGGUAUUUUUAAAGCUCUUCAUUCAAGUCAAAGUCUUCUUCGGGAAAAUCUCCGACUUUCACGUGCGCCGGCUUCACGAAUCCUCCGUAUUUUGGUGGACAUUCAAAAUAUCUUUUACCACCGACACUGUCGACAAUGUAAAAAAGCAUGACGCAAUAAGAAAAUUAUUAUUUUGAUAUCACAAUAAAGAACAGAAUAUUCAAUUAUA